AUGAUAAGCAGAGAAAACACACAAAAUGGAUGUAGCUGGGAUACGAAAAAGGAUGCAGACGUGAUAGGUGGGUCUUGUCACAAGAGCAGCACAGUAAAGAAAAAAUUUAACUACAGGAUGGAUUCCUUCAUAGAGUUCACUGAGAACUUAAAGAAUAGAGUAUGCUUAAUGGAAUCACAAAACAAAACAAAGAAGACAGAAGCAGAGAACGAAUAUCUGUUUCUAAAAGAAAUCGGAGACGUGUGCAAAAUGAGUUGUGAUUAUUACUUGGAGACAAAUGUAAACUUUCACGAGGCAUGCGAAAAUUUUAAAAUCCUCUUCAGUGCAUUUCAGGAUUCAUUAGUUAAUAUAAAGAAGAAGAGAGAAGAAGCAGAUGCAAUUGAGGAAGAGCUAAAUGAAAUUGAACAGGAGGAAUUUCAUCAAAUGAAACAAAGAGAAGAGAUAAAUGAAUCUCUCAAGAAAGAAUUCAUGGAAUUAGAAACAGAUGUGGACUUCAUGAACAACGAAUCAGUUAAUAUAACCAAUAAAAUAAAAGAAGUUGAUUAUCAAAUUAAUCAACAUAAAGAAGCAUUCGAAUCCUUUCACAUUCUUGCUCACUUGAACUCUGAGAGAAUUUCAGCACUCCAAAAUGAUUAUAAAAAGGCGUGUUCAGAGAAGGAGGAGAUUCUACGUAGCAUUGAAGAAUCUUCCACUUCGAUGGGAUUAGAAAAAGACAAUCUAGUUCUUCAGAAGAAUCAGAUGGAGGAACAGAAGGAAAAACUGCUGGCGAAGGAGAAGGAACUAGCCCAGAAAAAAGAAAAACUGACGAUUCAGAAGAGUGAAAUGAAUUCUAACAACGAGAGGAUAAAAGCGCAGGUGCAGUUUUUGCAGAAUCAGAUAUCUUCGCAAGAAUAUUUUUUAAGCGUUAUCAAAUGUGGUCUAGAGGGGACUGUUAGAACGAGAAAAGAAUUGGAUGAUACUUCUGGACAUAUCAAGCAGGAGAUAAAUAAAGUGCAGGAAAUGAUGGAAAAUGUGCGAAGAGAAGAGGUUGAGGAAAAGGGAAAAUUUCAAGAGUUAGAUGUAAAAGUUAAACAGCUAAACAUGGAAUUUCAAAAGGGAGAAGUGCAGUUAGAGGAAUCUAAAGAUGCGGAAAGAGAAUUACUUCAAAAAAUACAAGAAGAAAAAAGAAAAUCGAGUCAAAAUAUGCUGAAGGAUUUGAUUAAGGAGAAAAAGUUAGUAGAUGAUGAUAUUGACAGAUAUCAAGAGGAGGCACGCAAUUUGGUGUUGCGUGAGGAGAGAAAACUGAUAGGAGGAGAGUUUUUGUCUGUAUCACUGCUAGACGCUAACGUGGGAAAUGUGGAGAUGGUUGAGGACGAGAUGAAAAAAGAUGGAAUGGUAUUUCCAGACAAGGUAAGCAUGCCCAAUGAAGAAACCAUCGACACCAUGAAUCCACUAGAUGCAAAGUCGCGCAUGAGCAAAUCGCUGGUGAAGGAGCUUGAAGGAAUAUUAGAAAAGAUGAAAAUAAGAAUCAAGGAAGAGCAAAACGAGCUGUGGAAGAAAGAAAGAGAAGAAGAAAAAAUAAACAUUCGCAUUAGUGAGAUGGAAGGUAAAAUAAAAGAAGAAGAAAGUAGAGAAAAGAAAUUAGACAUAUGGGUAGAUGAAAAAAGGGAAGAAUUAAAAAGUAUUAAGGAAAGAGAAAAAGAUGGAGAAUCGAAGUUGUCAUAUGUUCAAGAGACAAUAAAAGAGAUGAAAUUAAAUUAUGAGGAAAAAGAAAAAAAAAAAAAAGAAAUAGAAAGUGAAAUGCAACAGUUUAAAGAAAUGGAAGAUAACAAAAUGUUACAACUUCAAAAAGAGUACCAAGAUAGAACAAAAAAUUUAUACGAAUCUAAAAAUGGAAAUAUGGGUAUCAGUUCAGUCGAAAAAAAGAAAAUGAAAGAUGAUAUGGAUUCUUACUCGGAAAAAAUAAAACAAGAAUAUGAUUUAAAAAAAUCACAUUUUGAAAAAGCCGAAAGAGAGAAGUACGAACAAAUGAACAUACAAUUGGAUGGAGAAUUCAAAAGAAAGGAAGAUCUAAUUGCUUAUUAUGAAGAAUUGAUUUAUAAACAAGAAAAUAUGAGAAAAGUUCAAAACGAGACUAAUUCUCAUGAUAGAAUAAUAAGUGUGGAAAAUUUUAAAAAGAUAGACAAUAAUCAGCUGAAUCGAAGUAAUAGCACAACAGAAAAUAGAAAGUCAUCACAGAAAAACAGUAUUAACAACAAUACAAAUAAUUAUAAGCUUCACAAUAUGUCUGAUAAAUAUAAAUUCGGUUAUUUUGAUGUUACUUCUCCUGAAGCUAUUAGAAAGAGCAUGAACAUCCCAAGUCGUUCUGUCAAGUCACCUCACAUCGCUAGACUUUUGGAAAAAAUAAAAAACCGAAAGGAUUCUCAGAACUUUGCAGGUCCUAAAAAUACUCCUGUGAAUCAAGUCAGCACAAGGGAAAGCAGGAGGAGUAGGAGUAUCGGAGGUAUGUCCAAAAGAGGAAAUGUAGGGAAGGGUGGCAAAAGUGGAGGAAAUGGCGCGGAGGGUAGCAGCAGAAAUAGCAGCGUGAAUGGGGCUGGUAGUAAGCCAUCUCACAAUGCAAGGGCACAAAAAAGUAACACUUCUUUUGAUUUGUUUCAUCACCUGUGA